AUAAACAUUAUUAUUUACAUGCUUUCGUGUUUGAAAUAGAUAACCAGCAAAUGUUGAUAACUGCAGAUCAAAAAGUCACAUAAUAUUCGAACAAUAAUGUAUCAUGAAAACGUAAAACGACGUAAAUCAGAAAAUCCUCAAUCAGAUAAUAGUCUGAAACAUUUUUUUAAUCGAUUUUAACUUGAGAUAGGUACAUAUUCAACUGCUGAUAGUAUUUAGACACUUAGAGUUAUUAGAUAACAAUAUGCUGAAAAUGUCAAAUCAUUUUUCGUCACAUUUCGCAAAUAUUGUCAAUAAAAAUGAUUGUGUUUUUUCAAAAGCAUCAUUAAUGUUUUCUUGAUGGUUAGUUUGACAUUGUUUCUGUUGGUUCUUUUUCUUCUUAGUUUAGUAGAUUCUUCUUUUUUUUUUUUGUUUUUGAAGAAAUCCCAAUUGUAAAAGACAACUAUGGAUCCAAUGAGGGAAAGUUGCUACAGCUUACAAAUUGAUCCUUCUACAGGACAUCCAUACGACGAAGAGGAUGAAAAACUAGCAGAAAUAAUAGGAAGCACCAAAUCGCUUAGCUUUUAUGAUAAUAAAACUUUCAAAAGUUUAUUACCACAAAUUUUUGCUACCUUACUAGCGGCAUCUUCUCAGAUACCAGUGGGCGUAUCCGUAGCGUAUUCGGCAGUACUGGUGCCUCAGCUAGAAAGCCCAGAAAGUGAUAUUAAAGUUACCGUAACGGAAAGUUCGUGGAUUGCUAGUUGUGUAGCAUUAGUGGUACCAUUGGGGUCGAUUGCAAGUGGCUUCCUAAUGGACAGGAUAGGACGUUUGAACACCAUCAAGUUAACCGCGAUACCCAACACCAUAGGAUGGGCCCUCAUCGCACUACCAACGAAUGCUCCAAUGCUAUUAAUCGGACGAUUAUUGACGGGGUUUGGAGGGGCUAUUGGUACAGGUCCUGCAAUUGUUUAUAUUACCGAAAUAGCAAGACCUGACAUGAGAGGAGCCCUCAUAUGUACUUUUGCAUCGUGUGCCUCUUUUGGGAUGCUCCUAACAUAUCUACAGGGAUGGGUUUCGGAUUGGCGUGUUUUGGCAUGGAGUACCAUAGCGUACAGCAUCAUUCCCGUAAUAUUCCUUUGGUUCAUUCAGGAGAGUCCAUUGUGGCUGGUCAGCAAAGGAAAAAACGAAAGGGCCAAGAAGUCCUUGGAAUGGCUUCACAAACAUCAAACCCAAGAUCCUGAACAAAAUUUCGCACACAUUCAACUUUCGAUUUUACAAAAAGAACACCAAGUUAAGUUGGAGAAAGAUCAAAUGGAGAAAAACCGGGGCGGUGCAGUCCAAAUGUUAAAAAAGUUCUUCAGACCAACGGGAUACAAACCCCUCAUGAUCCUUUUCGGAUUAUUUCUUAUCCAGCAGUUUGCAGGAAUAUAUGUGACCCUCUUCUACGCAGUGACAUUUUUCCAGGCCGUUGGUACCGAGAUGAAUCCGUACAUGGCUUCCGUAUUGAUAGGUACCGUUCGAUUCUUAAUGUCGCUAGUAAACACAGUGUUACUUAAAAGGUAUCCAAAACGGAUCCUGAUGAUGAUCAGUUGUUGCGGGAUGGCCGUUUGCAUGUUCGUUUCUGGUCUUUUCACGCAAUGGAUUCGCGAAGGUGAGACUAGUUGUGUAGCAUUAGUGGUACCAUUGGGGUCGAUUGCAAGUGGCUUCCUAAUGGACAGGAUAGGACGUUUGAACACCAUCAAGUUAACCGCGAUACCCAACACCAUAGGAUGGGCCCUCAUCGCACUAGCAACGAAUGCUCCAAUGCUAUUAAUCGGACGAUUAUUAACGGGGUUUGGAGGGGCUAUUGGUACAGGUCCUGCAAUUGUUUAUAUCACCGAAAUAGCAAGGCCUGAUAUGAGAGGUGCUCUCAUAUGUACUUUUGCAUCGUGUGCCUCUUUUGGGAUGCUCCUAACAUAUCUACAGGGAUGGGUCUCGGAUUGGCGUGUUUUGGCAUGGAGUACCAUAGCGUACAGCAUCAUUCCCGUAAUAUUCCUUUGGUUCAUUCAGGAGAGUCCAUUGUGGCUGGUCAGCAAAGGAAAAAACGAAAGGGCCAAGAAGUCCUUGGAAUGGCUUCACAAACAUCAAACCCAAGAUCCUGAACAAGUGGCUAGUUGUGUAGCAUUAGUGGUACCAUUGGGGUCGAUUGCAAGUGGCUUCCUAAUGGACAGGAUAGGACGUUUGAACACCAUCAAGUUAACCGCGAUACCCAACACCAUAGGAUGGGCCCUCAUCGCACUAGCAACGAAUGCUCCAAUGCUAUUAAUCGGACGAUUAUUAACGGGGUUUGGNGUUUUGUUCAAUGAGCAGAUAUUUUCUGUCAUCAUGAACGACAAGAAGACUGAAGAUAAAUUAGCAGAAAUUAUGGCAAGCAAGAUGACAUUAACUAACUAUGAAAGUAAAUCAAUCAAAACAAUUCUACCCCAGUGCAUUGGUACAAUUCUUUCGUCGACCCUUAAUACAUUUGUCGGAUUUAGUUUGGCAUAUUCUGGUAUACUCAUACCAGCCAUUGAAAGCUCAGAUUCGGAUAUAAAAGUGACAAAAGCAGAAAGCUCUUGGAUAGCGAGCAUUACGACGUUAAUGAUAGCCUUGGCUGGCCUUAUCUGCGGUCCCAUAAUGGACAAGGUAGGAAGAUUAAACACCAUAAAAGUAUCCAUUAUGCCCAUGUUUAUUGGCUGGAUCCUUAUUGCUACGGCCAAUAACGUUCACAUGUUAUUUGUAGGUAGAAUUUUAAUUGGCAUAACAGGAGCAUUGGGGGUUAAUCCUGUACCAGUUUAUAUAACGGAAAUCGCCAGGCCAGAUCUCAGGGGUGCACUGGUAUCUGUUUUGACCUUAUUUUCAUGUAUUGGUAUGGAGCUCGUAUAUUUAUCAAACAUCGUGAUGGGAUGGAGAACCAUGGCUUGGGCCGCAACGGGACUUUGUUUUCUACCAAUAAUUUUGCUUUUUUUCAUUCACGAAAGUCCCGCUUGGUUGAUAAGCAAGGGUAGAGAAACCGAAGCUAAAAACUCUCUGAAAUGGUUACACAAGUAUCACAAACAGCAUCCAAAUGAUCAGGAUAUAGUCGAAAUUCACCUGUCAAUUUUGAAAAAAGAACAAAACAUAAUGCAGGAAUUUGACCAACAAAAACAAAAGAGAGGAAGUAAAUUACGAGAAUUUUUAAAACCUACGGGUUACAAACCAGUCAUAAUUUUACUAGGUUUAUUCAUUAUUCAACAGUUCUCAGGGGCCUAUGUUAUUAUUUUUAAUGCGGUCAUAUUUUUUGAGGAAGUUGGUACAAAUAUAGACCCAAUAUUGGCAUCAAAUCUUAUCACUGGUUCUACUGUUGUGAUGUCCGUGUUUAACAUAUUCGCAUUAAAAAUUUUCAAGAAGAAACACCUUAUGCUACUCAGCUGUGUUGGAAUGGGAAUAUGUCUAUUUAUUUCUGGACUUUUUACGAAAUGGAUCCAUGAAGGUAAAACAGGCAACAAAUGGAUCCCUUUAGUUCUCUUGUUUAUGUACAUGGUAAUAGCUAUGAUUGGUUUAAUGCCAGUGCCGUGGACGAUGUGUGCCGAAGUUUUCCCACUCGAUCUACGUGGAAUUGCGGCGAGUUUAGUAAUUUCAAUUGCGGCUCUAAUAAUGUUUGCAUCCAUUCAAAGUUACAGAUAUUUAAACUAUCUGUUAGGAGGCUCUGUUGGCAUUCAAUUCUUCUAUGGGAUAGUAUGCUUUCUGGGCGUCGGCUACAUACACCUUUUCGUACCGGAAACCAAAGGAAAAAAGUUAUCCGAAAUUGAAGAAUAUUUUAAAUAAUAAAUAUAAUCUAAAUUUUGUGCACAGUACAAAAAAAAAACUGGGAAUUAUUUUUGUAGUAUUAUCUUGUUACGUCACGUUAUGUAUAUAAUAAAUACGCUUUGGCUACUAAUUGUUAAAUAAAUAAA